UCAUAGAGAAAACAUAAAAGAGAAACGUACUAUUGAAUUGAAACCGCAAGUGCAACUGAAUAUUAUCUAGUUUCUUUAUCUCUAAAUCAGCAGAUAAGUGUUAAAAGUUAUCGUAGUUACGUAUAUCUACUGCUGAACUUUGAACAAGUAAAGUGGACUUUGUACUUGACCGAAAGGAAAUUUACUAUUUAUUUUUUUUCAUUGAAUAAAAAGUCACGAUGCAAAGCAAAGUUCUACGUAUUCCACGCAAUUACGUUGAUGUACGGCACCGAAGAAAAAGUACCCAAUCAUUGAACAAUAAUGACUACCAGUAUCUGCAACGGACCAGAAUCCCAAUGUUGCAUUUUCAAGCAUCACUGCCUAGGCUUCCGAUUCCGAAACUUGAAAAGACUUGUGAACGCUACCUGGCGGGUCAAAAGCCAUUGUUAAUUGAAGAAGCCUUUCGCAAAACAAAGGAUAACGUAAACCGUUUUGCCACAACUGCGGGUCCCAAACUUCAGCAACUUCUCAAAGAGAAGGAUUCCAAAAACAAACAUACCAGCUAUAUUUCUGAUCCUUGGUUUGAUAUGUAUCUUCGAGAUCGCGUACCGCUUCCUAUAAAUUACAAUCCACUACUAUUAAUGAACCCUGACCCAAAAGGAGCUUAUAAUGAUCAACUAAUUCGCACGACCAAUUUAGUGAUAAGUUCUUUGCGCUUCAUGAAAUCGCUCCGCGCGCAGUUACUCGAGCCAGAAAUUUUUCACCUUAACCCUAGCAAAAGUGAUACAGAAACGUUCCGAACAGUGGCUUCGCUAUCGCCCUCAAUAAUAUCAACAUACGUUGCGUAUGCAUUCAAGGCAUUUCCACUGGAUAUGAGUCAAUAUGGAGGAUUGUUCGGAGCUACAAGAAUUCCUGAAACGGGAAAGGAUAGAAUCUACCGGAAUGAAAAGUCAAGGCACUUGCUAGUCGUCCGUAAUGGUCAUCUCUAUUCUGUAGAAGUCCUGAAUAGUGCAGGAGAGAUUGAGCAACCGGAAACGUUACUUGCUCGUUUCAAGCAUGUUUUGGAAGACACACGACCUCCUGCAGAGAGCCCUCUCGGCUUACUAACCACGGAAAACCGUGACACGUGGGCCAAAAUUCGUUACCAUCUUAGUGAGAUCGGUAAUGAGAAAGCAUUGCGUAAAGUUGAUUCUGCAUUGUUCUGUCUAUGCUUAGACAAUCAAACAAGUAAUCCUGAUCAACCCAUUCCAACGAUCCGAAAUUUUCUUUUCGGAGAUGGAACGAAUCGUUGGUUUGAUAAGUCAUUUUCGCUUAUCGUUGCUAAGGAUGGAACGACGGGUAUAAAUUUUGAACACUCUUGGGGAGACGGUGUUGCUGUAUUACGUUACUUUCAAGAGAUCUACAAAGAAACUUUAAGUACUCCAUUUGUUCACCCUGGUAUGCAACCAAGAGACAAUAAUAAGUCUGCAGAUGUAGUCAAGACGAUCGAGUUCAAGCUGGAUGACCGUAUUCGGGAAGGUGUAUUAACGGCUCAAAAGCAUCAUAGCACAAUAACCGACUCAUUAGAUAUGAACUACCUUAAAUAUGACGGUAUUAAUAAGAACAUUUGCAAAAAGCAAAAAAUUAGUCCUGAUUCGAUAAUGCAGCUAGGAUUUCAAUUAGCCUUUUUCAAACAACAUAGUAAAUUCGUGGCUACUUAUGAAUCCUGCAGCACUGCAGCAUUUCGCCAUGGUCGAACGGAGACCAUGCGUCCUUGCACGGUAGCUACCAAGGAAUUUUGCGAAACCAUCGAAAGAAAACAAAAUCCAGCAUCGCCAGCUGAAUUGCGUGCUAUCAUGGAUAAAUGCUCCAUGUUGCACGGACAACUCACCAAAGACGCCGCAAUGGGACAAGGUUUCGAUAGGCACUUGUUUGGCCUUCGGCAUACAGCAGAACUAAACGACAUUCCGAUGCCGUGUAUUUUUGAAGAUCCAUCAUAUGCUGCGUUAAACCAUAAUAUACUAUCCACUAGUACGUUAUCAUCACCGGCUUUGCUGGCUGGUGGUUUUGGACCCGUAGUCAAAGACGGGUAUGGCAUCGGUUAUAACAUACAGGAAAAAUUUCUAGGAAGUGUAGUUACAAGCUACAAGCAGCAUCGAAAUGGGAAUGAAUUCAUUAAUUGCCUGCAAAGUGCCUUCGAAGACAUAGCUGAUGUACUGAAGAAAUCAAAUCCGUUAGCAAAUUAAGCUCCGGUACUAUAGAAUGCUUUAUGUCGUACUAUUUAUCGAAUGCAAUUCGAUCUAAGAAUAAGACCAAAUGUAAACGCAAUGUAUCGCAAGCUAAUCAUAGUUAUGAUAAAUUUGUUAUAAAGCUUUUUUUCCUAAAUUCGUUACAGAGUUGGUUAUUGAGGUUUAAAGUAUUUUUAUAUUGAGUAU